ACACAUGCGCGUGCACACACACACUCUCGGUCUCGUAUGCGCACACCCCCGCUGCCAGCGCAAGCAUCGUCAGAUGGGCUGAAGAGCGCUUUUUACUGGUAGAGUUCUGGGGAGAGUAGUCGUUAGGCUGCCAAUCAUAAAGUGCACCUUGUCCUAUCGGCUGGGGGAGGUAUAAGGACAGGGUCGCUCGCAGACUACGGGCCGCGCUCAAAAACCUUCCUCGCCUUGGAACCUGCCUGUGCCCCUGCGCCCCAGCACCGUCCCAGGACAGGACACCGAGGAGGUCCGCAUCGAGUUUUGGGGGGGGGGGAGGCACACUUUUUGCGCCUUCACACUUCUGCAGAGGAGAGGGAAGCAGAACCAGGGCUCUGUCCUGUACCCCUCCCGGCGUCGAAAGAUCCACUCACGGCUGGACAAGCACAUCAGCGGAACUCACCUGGGCUCAGAGAGGUGCAGGGGGUCAUGGGGAACCCGGACGGGGGCAUUGUCACGCACCCCUCCCUCGCCAUCCUGGACGUAGGGGACGCCAAACCCCCCCGCGGCCUGCCCGCCGGUGCCCUUGAGCGCCACCCGCAGGGCGUUUACCUGUCCUGCUUCGACACGCUCCUCAGCGAAGACGUGGCCUGGCUCCUGAAGGCCCCGGAGGCCCCGGACGCCCCCCAGGCCCCCGCCGCGGGGCCCGAGCAGUGCCCCGUCAUAGACAGCCAGGUGGUGUCCCCCGCCCAGGUGGAGCUGGAGGAGCAGGUGGAGGACGGCUCCCUGGAGCAGGUGCAGACCCUCGUCGUGGGGGAGGUGAUGAAGGACAUCGAGACGGCCUGCAAGCUGCUCAACAUCACGGCAGAUCCCAUGGAGUGGAGCAGCGGGAACGUGCAGAAAUGGGUGCUGUGGACGGAACACCUGUACCGGCUGCCCCACGUGGGCGGGGCCUUCAGGGAGCUCAGCGGCAGAGACCUGUGCGCCAUGAACGAGGAGGACUUCCGACAGCGCUGUCUGCCGAGCGGGGACGUCCUGCACGCCCACCUGGACAUCUGGAAGUCAGCUGCGUGGAUGAAAGCCCGGUGUACAUCAGAAGAUAACAAAAUUGCCGAAGGGGAGGAGCUAUGGGCAGAGGCUGACUCCUCCUGCUCGGGGCAGCCCAUCCACCUGUGGCAGUUCCUCCGGGAGCUGCUGCUCAAGCCCCACGCCUACGGCCGCUGCAUCCGCUGGCUCCACAAGGAGAAAGGCAUCUUUAAAAUCGAGGACUCGGCGCACGUGGCGCGGCUGUGGGGCCUGAGGAAGAACCGCCCGGCCAUGAACUACGACAAGCUGAGCCGCUCCAUCCGCCAGUACUACAAGAAGGGCAUCAUCCGCAAGCCCGCCGUGUCCCAGAGGCUGGUCUACCAGUUCCUGCACCCCGUAUGAGCAGGGCGGGACGGAGGGAGUGGGCCGGGGACCGUGAAGAGGCUUCCCCCCCAAACUCCUGAGUACCCCUGCUCCGUCAGGGAAAUGGUCUUAGACCAAAAAAAAACAAGCACACCCCCCGCC